AUGCGUCCUUCACUCAUUCAGUGCUUUCCGCACCCGUUCACCCGGCAAUGGCCGGCGACCAGCAACCCGGUCACGUGUGAGUGCCGGCAGCUUUAUGCGCUGGUGUCUGUGUGCUGCUGCGUGCCGAACACGCACCUGCUCGUGCUCCACGAGUCGGCGCACCUCAACACAAACCUCAUCACAUCGAUGCCGAAGGGCCCUAAAUACGUAGACUUCGCCAUCACCCCGCGCACCACCACAGAAGACCUGUGCGGCUUUCUUGUGAGGGCUGAAAUGGCGGCAACGGGGCCUCCCUUCGCCGCGGCGGCUGGCAAUGGCGGUGUAGUCGGGGCGUCGACUUCAGAGGAAGUCUCCGUCUUCCAUGCGAGCCCGGGGGAGAGCCUUCACGAGGAGCUUGCUCCUACAGCCGUGCCCACCAGCGCCUCGCAAACCCGGAACCAGUCUUCGCCGCCGUCGCGCAGCACGGUUGCACAGCGGCAGGUAGUCGUAGUCUGCCUGCACGGCAUUGCCGACGCAUCAGCCGCAGUGCAGUUGGCCCUCGUGGACCUACUAAUGUUUGAGCAGGUGCGAAAUCAUCAUCGUGCGGUUCGAGUCCCAACCCUGCGCAUCGUGGCCUUCUGCAGCAGUCGCAACUACGCGAUUCUGCUGCCCGAGCCGCUGCGAGCGCUCUUCACACUCUCCACAUACGUCUCCACGCUCGCUAGCGAUAGUGCCGUAGUGUUGCAAACGGCGACUGCAACCUCUUCGAGUAUUGUGAACAAGCGCUUCAUGCUGGAAGUCAUGACGGCGCCCGACGGGCAGUCGUUGCUAGAGACCGUCACCCUGUCAGGUACUGUCACGCGCUACCUUCGGCACUUGCUACUGGUGGUCCGUGGUAGCUUUGCAGCUGGGAUGUCGCCAGGCGCACUUGCACUUCGCCGCAUCCCCAGAUGGAUGACUAUCUUGAAGGCGCUGGCGAUCCUGUUCAUGCCCGAUGAGGAGCUGUUGCGCUCUCGACUGCCGCAGACCCGCUCGACCUUGCUGCAGUCCUACUCGAGGGCGAUCUCGUCGACGACUUUCGAGCGAACGAUGAGCUCUACAAUGCACCGGAUGGGGACCCCGGUGAGCCGCUCGAUGUCACCCGAGACACAAGCGGCGUAUCAACAACCGAGGGGGUUGCAGUCUGUUGGGUCCGACGAGCGGCGGCCGGUUGACCACACUGCGGCUGCUACAGUGGAGAGUGGCGAGAACUCCAAGAGCGGCGGCGGCGACAAUGCGGAGAUCAAAUCUUUCAGCCAUGUUGUGGUUUCGCCUUCGGAUAUAGCGUGCGUGCUGCACUGCUUGGUGGGUCAUUUGAUGACGAUGCCGCGGGAGAUGGUGCCGAGUGAGGCGAUCUUGUCUGCCACUAGUACCAUGAUGGGCAACGCUGCCGGCUCCGGCAGUCUCGUGGAGGCGUACGGGAGGAUGCUGGACGUGCAUCGGUAUGGUAAGGUGGGGCUCUCACUCCAAGAUCCGGCCAUGUGGGACGCGGUGGCGGCUAGCUGGAGUCUCCGCAACCUGCACGGCAUCGCAAACCCCACCACCGACUUGGCCAACGGCCUCGACAGCUCCCUGGUCAGUCACAGCACAUACCAAAACUACAGCAUGACCCUGGGCUCGCAGGAGAGCGCGGAGGCUAUAGGCGAGGCGGACCCGGGGCUGAGCCGCAGUCACGGGGCGCGAUACGGCGGCAAUCCGGAGCAGGAUGCACUGGCAGCUUCCUCGCACGCACCACACGAGCAGUACUUCCAAACACUGAACAACCGGCCGUUCUUCUCAGUUGCGGAGGCGUGGAAGUGGACUGCCACAAACAAGUUCAGCAUCCUCGACGUGGCCUCCACUCCGAUGCUAAAUUACUGGGAGGUGCGAGAGGCGAUGCGGGCGACGCUUCUGUGUCGCAGCGCUCCCGCCCCCGGGUAG